AUGAUAUAUAAAGUGGAGUGGUUAGAAAAUAUCGAUAAUACCAAGCGAAAUACUUUACCAUAUCUCUUGGAUAAUACUAAACCACCUGCUUAUGAAAUUCUGAAUAUUCCAACACAUUCGUCCAUCUAUUCUCAUUAUGAAAAUAAACGAUUAAUAGAAAAAGUGACAACAUCUGGUCACUGGUUUUAUAGUAUUCGCGUCUCAAAUGCACCACCAGGAUUCGUGAUGACUCAAUUGAAUGAAACGUACUCAAUGUUACCUAUUCACCAGUACUGUGAUAAGGAUAGAUAUAUUGAUAUUACAAGAGUUAAUAAACAAUUCAAUAAAAUACUAUAUCAAGUGAUCCGGUCUCAUAAAUUAAAUCGAAACGGCCUUCGAGGUCUACUUGGACGAAUUCAUUAUGUCGCCAUCGAAUGUUGUUACACUUGA